AUGACACCGACAAAAGGAGAUUUUUCAAGCUUUCAACUGAAUGCAGCAAGAGUAACUGAGGGACACAACGCAGUACCAGCUUUACAAACGAUGACAUCAAUGUUAGCAUCAACGAUGACUUCAUCAAUUCCACCAAGAGGACAGCCGUCGAACAGUUUCAACCCAAAGGCCUACACCAAGCAAGGCCAUGAAGCAUCAUAUUCAUUAUUCAGCAACAGCCUGGGUGACCAACUUGGUAACUUCAUUGAAAGCAAUAAGAACAAGGCAAAUAAUUAUUUUACAAAUGCAAAUGAUUACUACAGCACCAAGUUGAAAUCUUCAUUAAAUGUUCAUGAAGAAAACUCACUGCCUAAGAAAACAGGGAAUGUCGUUGAUAAUAACAAUAGCCGCUCGUCGUGCAUGGAUCUGAAUAAUGAUUCAUUCAGUUUUCUGACUGCCAUGUUGAACUCGUCUGUAACGGACGUUUCGCCAACACCGUGCAGAUGUGACUUGCCUGACCUUCAAAUCCUGGGAAUUUCAUUCCAACCCAAAACGGUAGAGCUUCCAGAUCAUUACACUGACAGCAGUUCCAACUACUCUGGUUUUUUAUUUGACUGUACAACUAAUACAGAACCUUCAUUCAACUCACCUUGCUUGUCUAUGCAGUCCAUGAUAUCUUCUUCAGGCCAAUCAAGCUCGCCAUCUUCAGUUGACAGACUGCCCAAAUUCAGUCAGAAGAAAAUAAAGGAAUUGGCUUCCAAGAGUCAGUUGAACCCACACGCUCCCGAUUUCUAUUCCUACAAAUUCCAACAAAAAACUGAAAGUAAUUCCACGAAAACAUCAACACGCCAAGCUGUUAACAAGUUUAGAACGCAAUUGAGUGAACUGCAGAACAAUCAUUUGUCUGAAAAUAAUGCUAGAAGAGCAUCACAGAUCGAUUUGCCAUCAGGAAUUAAAUGUUUUGCGCUUAAUACAAGUACUUUCACCUACCAAAAUGAAGCUUGUUGUGAAGAUUUGCUUGAUCAAAUGGGGAGUUGUAACCAACUAUUUAAUGGCGAAAUCUUGGCUAAUUUAUCAAACGAAUUUCCUGAUGGAGUUGUUCUGAAUGGUGAUGCAGGCGAUUACACCGUGGACGAUGUUUAUGAGAAUGAACGUCUGGUCACUACAACUGAUUAUCAGUUUGCAGAACGUGAUGUGCGGCAUGACCAUCUACUGCACUGGCCACAGCAGCAACAACAACAGCCAUCAUCUGAGCAAGAACGGCGAGUUGGGAUCUGGCAGCAGGGAGAACUAACUGACGGAGAACGCCAGUUGUGGUCGGAACACAUGAAGAAAUUGCUAAAAAUCGAGCGUCAACAUGGAGGUGAAGAGAAGCAGCAUCAUCGCUUGGAAGAAGAAACGCAGCCUGGUUACUGGAUGAACUACAUUCAUCCGCAACUGCUCAAAAGUGUUGAGAACGAAGGUGAGAAGGGAUAUGAAAGCAGAGGUGAUGAUGAUGAUGGUGGCGACAUGGAAGAAAACUUAUUGCCAAUAACACUUCCAGACAGUAAUCGAACCGAACCACCGCGUAUAACAGCGCGAGACAUGGCACUUCUAGCAACUGAGCUAACUCGCCGACCCACGUUUGUAUAUUCUUUAUUGAACAACUACAUUUCAUCUGAUGAAUCGCGAUCAAACAAACCCGUAUCACUAUUCUCCGUACCGGAAAUUGUUGAACCUUUGUUAUCUAUCUGCCAGUUCUUACUUCCAAUCCUCAUUUUCUGCUACUAG